AUGGAGCAGAGCAUCGAGCGGUUCAACCUGGCACUAAUGAACACUGAUUCCAAGCUGCGUGUGGCCGGUUUAUUCGAACUUGAUCUAGUGUUUCUCUACUCGGUUUUCUACACCUACACCUCUUUCGUCCAAGACCUGAGGAAUGGCGAGGAAAUCAUAUUAUCGAAGUACGUCAGCUGCUUACUGUUUGCGCUUUUUGAGGCAAUUCAAUUUUACUACAUCGUAGCUGCUUGUGCCGACGUUACCGAGCAAGCCGAGAAAACAGGAAUUCUUCUGAACGAGUUCCUGCAAACCGACAUUGGAUCCAGUGCGGAACGAUGCGUGGAGCUGUUUAGCAUCGAAUUGCUACAUCAGGACUUCAAGGUCAACAACCUAGGGCUAUACACUAUUGAUUUCACCUUAAUGUUCGCGAUGAUUGCAGCCAACACCAGCUACCUUAUAAUGCUGGUACAGUUUCAGUUGGCCGAAAAAUAA